AUGGCUAGCGCCGUGAACAGAAUCCGCGGGGCCUUCGCACCCCCGCGCAAGGGCGAGACUUUCGAGCUUCGCGCCGGCCUGGUGUCGCAGUAUGCCCAUGAGCGCAAGGAAGCCAUCCAGAAGACCAUCAUGGCCAUGACACUGGGCAAAGAUGUGUCGGCGCUUUUCCCUGACGUGCUCAAGAACAUUGCGACUCCUGAUCUGGACCAGAAGAAACUCGUUUAUCUGUACUUAAUAAAUUAUGCGAAAACACAUCCUGACCUUUGCAUUCUCGCCGUGAACACAUUCGUCCAGGACUCAGAAGACCCGAAUCCUCUUAUCCGCGCGUUGGCCAUCCGGACCAUGGGCUGCGUUCGCGUCGACAAGAUGGUGGAAUAUUUGGAGGAGCCGCUGCGCAAAACGCUACGAGACGAGUCACCAUACGUGCGCAAGACCGCUGCCAUCUGCGUGGCCAAACUAUUCGACAUGAACCCAACCAUGUGCAUUGAGAACGGUUUUCUGGACAUGCUUAAGGAGAUGAUCGGCGACCCGAAUCCCAUGGUCGUCGCCAACUCAGUGCAGGCAUUGGCCGAAAUUCAGGAGACUGCGCCCGAGACGAAUGCCCUGAUCAUGACACCCGCUACGCUCAAAAAGCUGCUUAUGGCUCUGAAUGAGUGCACUGAAUGGGGGCGCGUUACUAUCCUGACUACUCUCGCCAAUUACCCGCCAACAGACCCGAAGGAAUCGGAACACAUCUGCGAGCGUGUAGUUCCACAGUUCCAGCAUGUCAACCCUAGCGUCGUCCUGGCUGCCAUCAAGGUUGUCUUUAUCCACAUGAAGGUUAUUAACCCGGAACUGGUCCGAAUAUAUCUCAAGAAGAUGGCUCCUCCGUUAGUUACCCUUGUUUCUUCUGCCCCUGAGGUGCAAUAUGUCGCGCUCAGGAACAUCGACUUGCUUCUGCAAGCCAAGCCCGACAUCCUCAGCAAGGAGAUGAGGGUAUUCUUCUGCAAGUACAACGAUCCGCCGUACGUCAAGCUCCAGAAGCUUGAGAUUAUGGUGAGAAUAGCGAACGAGCGCAACUACGAGCAGCUGCUUUCAGAGUUGCGUGAGUACGCACUGGAGCUAGAUAUCGACUUUGUUAAGCGGGCAAUCAAGGCUAUCGGCCAAGUGGCUAUUAAGAUCGAGGCUGCGGCUGAGAAGUGCGUAAAUGCCCUGCUCGACCUCAUAGCCACGAAGGUCAACUAUGUCGUGCAGGAGGUGAUCGUGGUCAUAAAGGAUAUCCUGCGCAAGUAUCCUGGAUAUGAGGGCGUGAUUCCGACGCUGUGCAAGUACAUCGACGAGUUGGACAAUCCCGAUGCUCGUGGGGCACUCAUUUGGAUUGUCGGCGAGUAUGCCGAGAAGAUCAGCAAUGCGGACAAGAUAUUAGCAGGUUUUGUGGAAGUUUUUACGGAGGAAUUUACUCAGACCCAACUGCAAAUCCUCACCGCCGUGGUGAAGCUCUUCCUCAAGAAGCCUCAAAACAACCAAGGACUCGUACAGAAAGUGCUUCAGCUCGCUACGGCUGAGUGCGAUAACCCCGAUAUCCGCGACCGCGCCUACAUCUAUUGGCGUCUCCUCUCUGGUGACUUGGAUGUCGCAAAGAACAUCAUUCUCUCUCAAAAACCACCCAUCACCACAACCGUUUCCUCCCUACCCGCUCCUCUCCUGGAACAACUCCUCUCCGAACUCUCGACUCUUGCCUCAGUCUACCACAAACCGCCGGAGUCAUUCGUUGGCAAGGGUCGCUUCGGCGCCGACGCCAUCCAACGAGCGGCCAUCCAGGAACUACGCCAGAACGCAGCUGAAAAUCCCAUUGCCGCCUCUGUGGCCGCUGCUGCUGCUGCUGUCGGUGCCAACGGCGCCGCCGGUGCGGCUGCUGUUCCUCAGGCGAAUGUGGAGAACCUGCUCGACAUCGACUUCGAUGGUGCUGUUCCCGCCAGCGCGACGCCCGGUACCCCCGAUCGCGUGGCUAGUCCCCCGCCGAUGGGACAGCCGACUGGCGCAAUGGCUGAUAUCAUGGGGCUGUGGGAUGCCCCGCCGCUGCAGCCUACCUCCUCGUCUACCUCAACCUCUGCCCCAACUCUGACAGCAGGAAGUGGAGGCAUGGCGGAUUUGAUGUCUGGGUUUGCUGGGCUGGACUUGAGUGGGGCCAGUGCGCCGCCGCCGCCUGGGCAGCAGCUGGGGCGUAUUAAUACUGGAGAGCAAGGAGCACAGAGUGGAAGUGGGAAGGCGAGUGAUGAUUUGUUGGGGUUAUUGUAA